AUGGGUACAACAAGUAAAAAAACAACUACUUCUAGUAGUACAACAACAACAAAGAAAUUAACAGCAUCAGCUGCAGAAAAGAAGAAGAAUGAAACAACAACAACAACUACUACGUCAACGACAUCAUCAUCAACAACAAAUAAAAUAGAAGAACAAGUAAAACAAAUAUUUGAUGAAUGUCAAAGAUCAAUGACCACACAUAAACGAUCGAUGGCUAUUCUAAUGUCGAUCCUACACAAGUGUUACCAACAUUCAUCAAAAUCGGCUGCGAUCUUUAACAAGGUCAUAGAAGAUGUUAUCGAUCGUGUAUUGGUACACUUUACAAAAGAAGCAUCUAUCGAAAGAAUAUGCAGAUUCUUUAGUACUUUUAUCAAUGCCAUUUCAUUGCGUCGGGAAAAUGAAGAGGACAAUAGUGGUGGUGGUGGUGGUACUGCUGAAGGACAAUUGGUACAACAGAUAAAAUAUCCACAAGAGAUAUUGGAUAUUCACGAAAGAUUUAUUGUCAGUAUUCUAGAGUUUCUAGUGUCAAGAUCACAAUCCAAAGAAAAGGCGGUUAGAUAUAGAUCGACUAUGCUCAUUGCCGAUAUAUUAUUGGCGUUGCGUGAAGACUAUGAAUUCGAAACAACUCUAUGGGACAGUUUGACAUCAUCACUUUUAUUGAAGGCCAAAGACCGUAUCCCCGCCAUUCGUCGUCAAUCCAUCCAUUGUCUCUCACGUCUCCAAGAUACUUCUGAUCCCAAUGACAUUGUUACUACCACUCUACUUUCAAUGAUGUCUCAUGAUACUUCUCCAGAUGUAAGAUUAACUUCUGUAUCUUUUAUAAUGAUUUCUAAAAGAACAUUAAAGGCCAUUUUGGAAAGAACAUUGGAUCAAAAUACCAGUGUUAGAAAAGAGGCGUUUAUGACUAUUGCCAAGCGAAUCGAUGCUCGGUGUAUCCCUGUGCCAUUGAGAAUUGGUUUGGUCAGAAAUGGACUCAAAGAUAGAGAGGCAAGUGUAAGAGAAGCUUGUCUAUCAAUGGUUGUUGAUUAUUGGCUUGAAAGAUUAAAUGGAAAUUUAUUUGAUUUAUUAAAAUUCUUUGAUGUCGAAUCAUAUGAAAAGGAAACGGAAACUACAUUGAUGGAAAUAUUUAAAAAUAAGAAGGGUGUACCCUAUUUAAUGGAUCAUUACCUGAUGAUUCCAAAUGAUUGCCAAAAUAUGACAAAGGAAGAAGCUAUCUUUUUCCGGGUACUUUGUCAAUACUUGCAUCAGGAAAACAAAAUCGAAGAGAUGGAUAUGAUCUUUUCAUCAAUACUUGAAUACAAUCAAUUAUUAAUUCAUUAUUUAAUUACAAGUAAACAACUGCAACAACAACAACAACAACCUAAACCCCAAGAAGAAGGAGAAGCAGAAGAGGAACAGGAAGAGGAACAAUUGGAUGGGACGUUGGAAUUAGAAGAUAGAUUCUUUCAAGAAUCACAAAUCAUUUUAAUUGGAAAAUAUUUAGAUUAUUCUGAUCAUGUUGGAUGUACACAAUUGACAGAUUUAAUUAGACAAUUUUUAUUAUCUUCUUCGUUGGAUGACGGACAUUUACAAUCAAUGUUGGAUGUACUUUUCAACAUUAAUAUUGAUCAACCUGCCAUCUACUUUUCGCUGCUUGUUGGGGUGUUGUCUGAACUCGAGCAGAUCCUCAACCCGGAAAACAGCAGUCCCGACGACCAACAACUCUACGAGUUGGAAAAGAUGCAAUCUUCAACCAUCGAACAGCUCUCUGACAUUAUCUCACAGAGCCACCAAAAAAUAGAAUCUAUCAAACAAGCCAACAAAAAGUACAUCCCACCACAGGCAAAAGAAGAGAUUGAUCAUUGUAAACGAGUCAUCAAAGAUGCUCAAGAAAAAGUUGACAUGUUGGAAACUGAUAGAGAUAUUGUCUUGCAAGACAUUGAUCUCAUUGAAUCGUCAAAGAUUGUCAUUGAUAUUAAAAAUCUACAAAUUAUUAUUCAUUUAUUACAAAAUCAAAGAAAUACAUUUAAUAAUCAAAAAACAACAAGUUUGAAAUUAAGAGAUUUAAUAGAGGGUCUAACACAACAGGCAAGAGUUAGAUGCGACCGAUUUGAUAGUAUCAAGGUAUUGCCAUUGGUUAUUCGUAGUGUUGGUUUAUACGCACUGGCAAAUGUACAGUCGUUGCCAAAUGCCAUUCAUUAUCUUGAAUCAAUGUUGGAAACAUACAGAGUAUUGGAUUUCCCAUCAACCAAUUCCGAACAUGAUGUUGAUCGAUUGGAUGUAUACUCCACUUUGGUGGAAAUUACAUUUGACAUUAUUUUAUGGUACAGUGAAUCAUUUAAUCAAUAUUUUGUAAUUGACAAACAACUAAAAGAAAAAGAACAAGAAGAUGAUGAAAAUGAUCAACAAGAGGAAGAAGAAAAAGAGGAAAUUACAACAUUGGAAAUAAUUAUUAAAAGAUUAUUUAAACUAUUAAAAUCAUUUGUAGAAUUGAAUAAUAAUCAAUCAAAUGAUAAUGAUAAUGAUAAUGACAAUGAACAAGAUCAAGAAACUGUAAAGAAUAAUAGAUUGAAAAUCAUUGAAAAACUUGUGGAAGGGUUUUCAAAAUCUAUUAUACAUCAAAUCCUAUCAAGAAGAAAUCAAGAUGAUGAUGGUUUGGAGAACCAAAUAAUGGUGUUUUUAUUUACACUAUUCUUUGAUCCCAAGCAAUCAUCAAACUCUACCAACAAACAAAUCAUAUCACAUUUUAUCAACCUUUAUAUUUUUACUAAUAAUAAUAACCAAAAUAACCAAAAUAAUAAUAAUAACCAAACUACAACUACUACUACAACUACAAUUCAAAAUAAUAUACCAAUUUCAAAUAGAUUAUCAUUGAUUCAUUCAACCUUUUUACCAAUCAUUAGAAAUAUUAGUGAUCGUCGUGCAACCGAUGUCAUGACAACUGGAAACAGUCUGGUGACGGUCGUCCAAUUUUACCAAUGGAUGGUGAUUAGCAUGUUGGAGAAAUGCGAGAGUGUCGUGGGGAGACAGAUCAGCCAGUCACUCGUCAAUCUCCAGCUUGUCACCCUCCUCACCAACCUUUCACUCGAGGCAUUGGCAAACACUAAAAAGGCCAAUGUCUUGGUCCGUCUCUUCCAACAGAUAAAGUUCACCAAUGCCCGUCACGUCGACGCCAACCAAAUCAAGGAACUGGUAUUCCUCUGCGACAAGAUGACCAAUGAAAUCAAAGCAAAACUAUUAUACAACCAACUCUCCAAAUAUCGUUCCUCUCUAGUUGAUCUAAUCAAUCAGGUUAACAAAUUGAAUGGUAUUAGUAGUAGUAAUAGUAAAAACACAGAUGAUGAUGAUGAUGAAGAUAAUGACAAUGGCCAAAGACAUUACUUGGAGUUACCAGAGACUAGACAAGAAGCUCUCAUUGAAAUGAUUGACCAACAUCAAAUCGAUCAUGAUGAUUUCUAUAUUGCCAAGCAGAAUCAAGAGAAAGAAACCAAUAAUGGUAGUAAAAAGAAAAAGAAAAGUAUUCGAGCAUCUUCCUCAUCUUCAACCAACAACAUAACAGUUCAGGCUAGAAAAUCAACCACCAAAACUACUACUACUACAACAGUUGUACCAGGAAGUGCCAAGAAAACUGGUACACCUGCCAAAAAGAAAUAUGAAAGUGAUAGUGAAAGUGAAGAAGAGGAAUAUUCAAUCUCAUCAGAUGAAGAAACUGAAGAGGAAUAUGUAUCAUCAUCCUCUGAAUCAUCCUCUGAAUCAGAAGAGGAAGAGGAAUCUGAAGAAGAAUUGGAAUCAAAGGUAGUCAUUGUUAAAAAGGAGCCAAAACAAGUUACCAAACAAUUAUCCAAACUUUCCAUACAAUCCACCACUAAACAACAAGACAAAGAGCAAGAUGAAGAUGAAGAGGAAGAGGAAGAGGAAGAGGAAGAGGAAGAAUCUGAAAAGGAGGAUGUUGUAGUAAAAAAGAUGAAUAGUCUUGAUAUCAAGAAAAAGAAACAAGAAAUAGAAUCUGAUGAGGAAUCAGAAUCUGAAGAUGAAGAUGAAAUAGAGUCGGAUUCAGAGUCUGAAUAUGAAUCUGAUGAGGAAUCACAGUCAGAGUCGGAGUCGGAAUCUGAAUCUGAAUCAGACAAUGAUAGUGAUAAAGAGAAUGAAAAGCCAUCCAAUAUACCAAAAAAUGUACAAUCCAAAACUAAACCAGUUCAACAAACAAAACCAUCAACAUCCACAUCCACAUCUACCAAAUCAUCAUCAUCAUCAUCGACGAAUAGUAAUAGUAAUAGCAACAGUGGACAAAGACAAAAACUACUAUCAAUGACUAGAGGUAAUAGAGCUAGUUUAAAUAAAGUACUUCUUGAUUUGGAAGUUUUUGAUGACACCAGAUAUUUUUUAAAAUUGGUUAGCUUACCAAUCGUCUUGGCUCAAAUUAAUGUUCUCCUGGGAACUCCCAAAAAAGAGAUAUUAGAAUACUCGAAUGGGGGACAGAGUUCUAAUCAACCUGAAUCAUCAUCUAUUCAGUUUCAAGGGACAUUAGGUUCUAGAAUAGAAUCUUAUCAAAGAUCAAAUGAUUAA